AUGGUUCUUAACUUCAAUGUCAUCGGUUUGCGUGAAGUCGACGUCGAUGAGUUUGGAGUUAUGAUUAACGGAAAAGUCACAAAACUCCGAACCUCUAAGGAAGCAUACCCACUCUGGUCCGCCAAUGUUGCUGGCAUCGACGCUCCUCUCGAGUAUCAAUACGUCCGUCUAAGCAAAGGAGGCGAGGUUCACAAAGAGUCAAAACCCCGCAAGCUCCCUGUCGGUGCCGUCCACACUCCCAACGAUUUUUUCGAUCGCCCUGAUACUCUCCACAAACUGCCUGCACUGCCUCAAGUCUUUGAGAACAAAUUAGAACAGAAUUCUCCUUUCUUCAGAGAGGGUUACAUUGGCAACCUGUUUGUUGAAGGUGAUCCAAAAGCGUGGAGCGUCAUCAAUAGUGGCGGUGGCAAGUGGUGGGAACCCAAACCAGUCAACGUCAAAGUCCAUUACUUUGGAGCCAAUGACAAUGUCAAGAUCAGCAAUGUCAAGCUCAAACUCUCAGGUGGCCAGACACGUUCGUAUUCCAAAUUGCCCUACAAGUUCCAGUUCCCCAAGGGUCAGAGUCUCCUUGACAUUAGCGUGCUCAAGCUGCGUAGCGCGGAAACAGACCCCACCAUGAUGCGUGAAAAGCUCUACAUUGAUAUCCUCAACACCCUCGGCGUUCCCGCACCACAGACCGCCUACGUACGUCUCUUCUUUAACCAAAAACCAGUCGGCUUGUACGUGGCUCAGGAGGUGAUGAAAAAGCACUGGCUCACGACGGUCCUUCACCCAAAACACAACGGCACGCGCAAGACUGGUUCACUGUGGAAGAUGGGCGCCGACAAUGACCAACAGGCUAGCCUCCUGUGGAAGGGUCCCACAACUGCGAGCUAUUCCUUCGGCCAUAUAUACAAAAGCCUUCUGCCUGGCAACAAUCCCAAGAACGAUCUCAUGCGCGACCUGAUCAAGCUUAUGGCUGACAUCAAGAGUUUUGACCCCAAGAAAGAAAAAGAUCCUAUUGGGUAUUGGGAGAAACGACUCGACUUGGACGUGUUCCUGAAGGCUAUGGCUAUGGAAUACCUCACAGGUUUCUGGGACGGCUACUGGACCUCUGGCUCCAACUACCAAAUGUACAACAAUCCCGCUACCGGCCUGUGGACUUGGCUUCCAAUCGACUACGACGAUACGUUUGGUUCAUCCUACUCUGGUGAACCCGGUUCCUACCGCAAGUUCCGAAUGCAACACGAGUCCCCACUGGUCAAGAAGCUCAUCUUGGAGUCACCCCAGAUCAGAGCCCGCUUUGAAGCGAUCCUCAAGGAUACUGUCAGCUAUGUAUUCAAGCCGCAGGCGUUGAUGCCUCGUAUCUCCGCUUAUAGAGACAUGAUCCUCAAUGAUGUGAAGUGGGACCGGAGUCUACCGAGGCUGAACAAGGGCGAGACGGAAGGGUUCACGGUCGAAGACCUCUCCAAGGGUGUCGCUGAUGGUGAGAAGGGUAAAUGGGGUCUCAAAAGAUGGAUCGUGAAGCGCACUGAAGGGGUUGAGAAGGACCUCAAGUUCAAGGUUCUCCCUGGCACUCCAAGCAAGGUGCAGCCUCAUGUCAUGACCAAGCUCCAGUCGGCCUAUGGCAUCCCUGCCAAGGAGGAAACGAGUCCUGCUUCUAUGGGCGACGAAAACAGAGACACAGUUGCUAAUGGUGAUGACACGGUGGGCGGUGGCGACAUGGAAGGCGAUACCUCUAUUCAGAGGGAUUCGGCUAGUUCUUCCAGUAUUGGCCAUCAGGCAGACAAGACCAAGAAUUCCGCCAUGUCUUUGAGGAGCGAGUGGGCGACUUUUAUCGCUGCAUUAGCUCUGAUUGCCCUCACUCUUUAG